AUGUCAAAUCCAACCAACCGCACGAUAACGCUAUUUGACAUGCCACACCAGACUCCUGACGCCGACGCCGACGCCGUGCCUUCGACCAAGUGGAAUGAGACUGCUGACGCUGCGCCUGCUAUGAGAUCAACCAGAGGCCGUGCGAUCAGAUCCAACCGAUUCAAGCACUUCCGUGUCUCACACCAAGCAGGAAGAGGCCACGGGCGGCGUGCCUCGCACCAGGAAGAGAUUGCUGAUGCUGUGCUUCCAAUGAAGCGGGAAGGGACUGCUCACGCUGUUUCUCCGAUCAAGCAGGAAGGGACUGCCAACGCCAUACCUCCUUCCCUCCCCUUGACCGAUUUCCAACAAGAAGAGCCAGCUCCGCUCAACCCACAAGAUAUUAUACAACGAGUGACUACUAACUCCUCCUCACCAGGUGUUGACGCUACAAUGGAUAUCAGCUCAGCGCCCACGAGGGAGGAGCAGAGGCAGGGAUGGAUAUCGGAGGCGAUUGAGCGAAUUGAGCGAAUCCAACGCUUAGGCCGGAUGUCGGAGGCGGUCGAGCAGGUUGAGCGAAUUCAGCGCUUGCCAGUGGGUGACACACUCCUAUACGGCGAGAUACAAGAAUUGGUGACGGUGAUGCGCCGCCUCGAACGCGAGAUCCUUCUGAGCAUAUCCUCUAGGUUGGGACGCCUCCAGGCCCAGCAGCAACAGCAGCAGUUGUACCGGAACGAUGAGGGGUCAUUCAACAACAACAGAAAGAUGAUGGAAUGGUUACAGACCAUGAAUUUGAUUGUGCUGCACAUCCUUGAGAGCAGAUGCAGUGAGUGGGUUCAGAGGGAGUAA